CACCGAGAACUGAGAGGAAAGCGCGUCCCUCCGGCGGCGGCGGAACGGCGCAGCUUUGGCGGGAAGGCCGGGCAGCCGGUCUAGCCCGCGCGGUCGGCCCACGUCUCUGUGGUCCAGGCAGGGGGUGGGGCGAGAACGGGGUGGGGCGACCCGCGCCCGGACUCCGCCUCCUCCCCUGCCCCCGGCUCGCCCCUAGGGAGGGCUGGGUGGGUGGGGAUUCGAGGCCGGUGGCGGAGUCACUGUCGCUUCAGCCAGGCUGCGGAGCGGACGGACGCGCCUGGUGCCCCGGGCAGGGGCGGCCAUCGGGGGAGGAGAAGGAGGUAGAGGGUAAGAGGAGCCCCUCUGCCCGAGACCUCCUGAGGCUCUGGGGGCACUGACACGCCACAGGAUCCCGGUUUCUCCAGCUGGGCUGCCUGAGGAAGCCUGGAGCCUGGAGGGUCCUGAGCCCAGCGCACCAGGGGCCCCAGCAGCAGCCCGAGCGACCUAAAGGGACAGUCUCUCGGAGUGAGAGCAGCAACCACCCCCUCCAGCCGCCUGCGUCGACCGCCACCCCAGGCCCCAGGCCCAGCCCCGGGGGGAGGGGGUGUGCACACGCGGGCCUGAGCACCUGCCCCGGUGACAUGCCGGUGCUGUCCACGCCACGGCCCUCGCGGGCCACCACGCUGAAGCGCACGGCCGUGAUCAUGGCUCUCGCGGCCUACGGAGCCCACAAACUCUAUCCUCUGGUGCGACAGCGCCUGGGCCUGACCAGGGGCUCUCCCCAGGUGCCAAGGGGGGAGCCCACGCAGGAGGCCCCUGGGAGCACAGCAGCCAAAGCUGGCAUGAACCGGGUGUUCCUGCAGCGACUCCUGUGGCUCCUGCGGCUGCUCUUCCCCCGGGUCCUGUGCAAGGAGACAGGGCUGCUGGCGCUGCACUCUACUGCCCUGGUGAGCCGGACCUUCCUGUCGGUGUACGUGGCCCGCCUGGACGGAAGACUGGCCCGCUGCAUCGUGCGCAAGGACCCGCGGGCCUUCAGCUGGCAGCUGCUGCAGUGGCUCCUCAUCGCCCUGCCUGCCACCUUCAUCAACAGUGCCAUCCGCUACCUGGAGGGCCAGCUGGCCCUGGCCUUCCGCAGCCGGCUGGUGGCCCACGCCUACAGCCUCUACUUCUCCCAGCAGACCUACUACCGAGUCAGCAACAUGGACGGGCGCCUGCGCAACCCGGACCAGUCUCUGACAGAGGAUGUGGUCGCCUUCGCCGCCUCCGUGGCCCACCUCUACUCCAACCUCACCAAGCCGCUCCUGGAUGUGGCCGUCACCUCGUACACCUUGCUUCGAGCAGCGCGCUCCCGCGGCGCCGGCACAGCCUGGCCCUCGGCCAUCGCCGGCCUCGUGGUGUUCCUUACAGCCAACGUGCUGCGGGCCUUUUCGCCCAAGUUUGGCGAGUUGGUGGCCGAGGAAGCCCGGCGGAAGGGAGAGCUGCGCUACAUGCACUCUCGUGUGGUGGCCAACUCAGAGGAGAUCGCCUUCUAUGGGGGCCAUGAGGUGGAACUGGCACUGCUGCAGCGCUCCUACCAGGACCUGGCCUCGCAGAUCCACCUCAUCCUGCUGGAACGCCUGUGGUACGUCAUGCUGGAGCAGUUCCUCAUGAAGUAUGUGUGGAGCGCCUCGGGCCUGCUCAUGGUAGCCGUGCCCAUCAUCACUGCCACUGGCUAUUCAGAGUCAGACUCAGAAGACGUUAAGAAGGCAGCCAUGGAGAAAAAGGAGGAGGAGCUGGUGAGCGAGCGCACAGAAGCCUUCACCAUUGCCCGCAACCUCCUGACAGCUGCCGCAGAUGCCAUUGAGCGGAUCAUGUCCUCGUACAAGGAGGUGACCGAGCUGGCUGGCUACACAGCCCGGGUUCAUGAGAUGUUCCAAGUUUUUGAAGAUGUUCAGCACUGUCGUUUUAAGAGGCCUGGAGAGUCAGAGGAUGCUCAGGUGGGCUGUGGGACUGUGACACGGUCAGGUGUUCGAGUGGACACACCCCUGAAAAUCCGAGGCCAGGUGGUAGAUGUGGAGCAGGGCAUCAUCUGCGAGAACAUCCCUAUCAUCACGCCUGCGGGAGAGGUGGUCGUGGCAAGCCUCAGCAUCACGGUGGAGGAAGGCAUGCAUCUGCUCAUCACAGGCCCCAACGGCUGUGGCAAGAGCUCGCUGUUCCGCAUCCUGGGUGGGCUCUGGCCCACCUACGGUGGCGUACUCUACAAGCCCCCACCGCAGCGCAUGUUCUACAUCCCACAGAGGCCCUACAUGUCUGUGGGCUCCUUGCGCGACCAAGUGAUCUACCCAGACUCGGUGGCAGACAUGCGCAGAAAGGGCUACUCAGAGCAGCACCUGGAAGCCAUCCUGGACGUUGUGCACCUGCACCACAUCCUGCAGCGAGAAGGAGGCUGGGAGGCGGUAUGUGACUGGAAGGAUGUGCUCUCUGGAGGAGAGAAGCAGAGGAUUGGCAUGGCCCGCAUGUUCUACCACAGGCCCAAGUAUGCCCUGUUGGAUGAGUGCACCAGCGCCGUGAGCAUCGACGUGGAAGGCAAGAUCUUCCAGGCAGCCAAGGAUGCCGGCAUUGCGCUGCUCUCCAUCACCCACCGGCCCUCCCUGUGGAAGUACCACACACACUUGCUGCAGUUCGACGGCGAAGGCGGCUGGAAGUUUGAGAAGCUGGACUCAGCCGCCCGUCUGAGCCUGACUGAGGAGAAGCAGCGGCUGGAGCAGCAGCUGGCCGGCAUCCCCAAGAUGCAACGACGCCUGCAGGAGCUCUGCCAGAUCCUAGGCGAGGCCGCGAACCCAGGGCAGCUGACAACCCCCAGCCUGCCAGGCCCCAGCAUCCCCACCUGAUCAAGGGCCUUGUUGCACAACUCUGUGCCCAUCCCCAAGCUCUCGGAUCACAUGAAGGAAGCAGCAACACCACCCCCCCCCACUCUCGCCCUCCUCCUGGCCCUCUGCUCACCCCUGCAUGCCUCUCCAUGGCCUCAGGAUGCCCUGCCCUGGGCCUGACCUUCCUAAAAGACCCCAGUGAACCCUGGGGACCCCUGCCCAUGAGGGCACAUUCAGGGUGGUGCCCUACUGCCUAGUCCGCAUUUCUCACCCCUCAUCC